AAGUUCUCAUGGACACCGACUGGAGAUAAGCAAGAGAUAGAUACGUUUCACAAAGAAAGGUGCGGGACCCAAAAGCUUUGCGGUUUGAAAGGCGACCAUCAAACUUUACAUCGCUUUGGACAGGGAGUCUUCAUUUGGGAUCAAGUGCAACAUGAAGCCCUGUUGGAAGUUCAACCUUCUCUGCCAUUUUGGAAUUAUCUUCGCAGUAUUUCGAGUCUCCCUAGGGCAGAGUUGUACUUUCCAGGCGGGUCUGUGCGGCUGGAUCAGCGUCGGGGCGGGCCCCCGGUGGAGGAGCUCCCGUGACCCCAACACAUCCUCCUCGUCAGCUGAAGAUCCUUCCUCCUACGCAUACGUCACAAUAAGCCAAGAAAACGGCACAGCAUUACUCCAAAGUCCCGAAGUGACUGCCGCCACCACCGACACAAUCGAGAUCAGUUUUCAAUACCAGCUCUCGGAUCACCGCAAUGACGAUCUUGUCAAUGCCCUCUCUGUACGAUGGUCGAGGAACGGCGGCGACUUUGACAAUAUAUGGCAUACAAGUGGACCUACGGAUUCAUGGGUAACAACGUCACUGCUGCUUGCACAAGGCGGUGUUUCAAGAUUUGCGGUGCAAUUUAUGGCUGAGAUUACAGUUUCAUCUCAGGAUGCGCUUGUAAGAAUCCAAAAUGCAGAAAUCAAAAUAAAACAUGAUGGUUGUGCGAGCUCUCCUUGCCUUCAUGGAGGGUUAUGUUUCGGACAUGGUCCUACUUUCACCUGUAUCUGUACUGGGGGAUACCGAGGAGAAAGGUGUCAGAUUCUACCAGGCAUUCCUCUAUCAAGGCUCUUUCGUGGACGUACUUCCGAUCGUGGUGUGACCACGCUUAAUCCAAACAUUGUCGGAAUCAACAUCACUUCCAUGGCAAUGGUCAAAGACCUCAUUGACAUCUGGACAAAGUACAAUAUUUCAAACUAG